AUGGCUUUGCAGCAGGCGAAGCCCCAGGGCCCGAGCGCCGCUGGGCGGGCGGUGCUGGGACGCGGGCUCCGGUCCCGCGCGUGUAGUGGCUUUGGCGGGGCCGGUGUGGGAGCCGCGCGCUGCCCCGGCGUGAGGGGUCCCGGAGCCACGCGGGGCCCCGAAGCCGGCGCGCCCCAGGAUGCACCUCCGCCACCGCUGCCGCCGCUGCUGCUGGGACUCCUGCUGCUGGCGGCCCUUCCCGAGCACAGCGGGGCGGACCCAGGAGCAGACGAUCUACAGAUAAAGGUCACCCCGACCCCAGAGCCAUUUUCACAUGGGAAAUGGCUGCCAAUUUCACCAACAUGGCCUUUCUCAGAUGCCAGGUCUUCUCCAGCAGUGGACAGGGUCAAGAACGUGCCAGGACCAUCCCCUGAGAAUGCGAGCUUGCUGCAGUUGGCCCAGACGCCUGUGCCUCGGACUUCCCGCAAAACUAGGGCUCAUGCAGACUUCCUUUACCAAGGAAGUGGGCACAGCGCCUCCUUUGAACCUUCCAAGGAUUCCUCUGAGUCCCUGGAGCACCCAAGGCCUCGAGGAGGAAGAGAAGUAGCCGACAUAUCAGGUUUGCUUUGCACCAGCAUGCUGCCCACAUUGUCUACCAUCCCAUCGGUGACCUUGAGCACCAUCCUCCUGUCCCAGCCAGCACUGGUGGGGACUCCUCCCCUUUCCUCUCAUCCUGCAAAAACAGAUAUCCUCUCACAACCCAAUCCACCUUCAUCUUCUCCAUUGGCCCCUAACUCACCUCAUACCAUCACUUUUUCUAAGCCAACAGAACAGUCAACCAAAGUGUCUCCAUUCCCCCCCACCAAAGUUCCAGCCAGUUCUUCUGUCAGUCAAAGCAUAGCUAAGUCCCUAACCCCAUUUUCUGAUGACAUGAACCACACUCCAUCCCCCAAACCCAGGAUUUCAAAGGCAUCCCUCAUGUAGUCCCUCUCUGGAUUCUCAACACAAUAUGAUUUGGAGCUGUCCCCAACAGAGGAUCCCCCUUUAGGCUGUCCUACACCUGGAGUUUUGAAUUCAAUGGCAAGGCUGGCCCAUCUGUUUCCCACACCCCUGGCCCCUGAAAGUCCUCCUUGGCUUCCACAUGGAACCCUCUCCAGCUCUGUGUUGGAAGUGGCUGUAAGUCCUGCCUUCUCUCUGCCCAUCAGCACCAAUGUGGCUGAGGGAGAGCACUGUGGGGUGUCUGUGCCGACACUCAAAAUCACAGCAGCAGUAACAGUGAUCCACAAGGCCAAGCUUUCACUUUUCCAGACUGUAGGUCCAAUGGCUUUAAAAAUGACCAGCCACAGAAAGCUGGCCACAACUGCAGAGGAGGGUUCUGCUAAUUCACACUUGUCAGCAAUUCCAGAGAGUUCUGGAAGGUUUGCCCUUUCUGCAGAAUACACAUCUUCAUUUCCUUCUUAUUUCACUGCACUGAGUCAAGGGCAGGCUGUGCUCUCUGGGACAACUCCUGCGUGGAGUGAGAUGGGGAGCAAUGCCCCACACCCCUUUGUGGAGAUUCCUGCCCCUCAAGAGGCGAAGGACAGGUUCCCUCCUGCACAGUCACAGAUAUUUCUGCUGCUGCAGCAGCACAGCAUGGCAAGCCUAUUCAGGGAUCAUAAGCAGGCAAAUGGGAUGCUUCCUUCCCAGGCGCUUCCAAGUGAAGAGGUUCCAAAUCUGCACACUCCAGUGGCCUCGUCAUCUGGCUUUUCCCAUGCCUGGCCAGAGAACCAUACACUUACAGAGGCCCAUAUUGAGUGGCCAGAUUCAGCUCCCAAAAAGGUGACAGCAUUUCCCUCCUCCACUAGUGUCUACAAUUUCUUAGCAAUGGGAGAUGUAAAAAAGGCAGCAGGUGCAGAUAUUUUGUGGCAUUCCCUUCUAGCGGAAACUGAGUCCCCUUCCAAAGACCCAGUGCCAUCUGGUUUUCAGCAGCAAACAAAUGAGGGUUUCAGUGGACACAUAAUUAACUUCACAAGUUGGCAAAGUCAUUCUGUUUUAACUGGUUCUCCCAGUGGCUCACUCACAGCUACCAAUGCCAUUGCAAUAACAUCUCAGAGUUUCCAAAAUACUGUUGGGCAUGUGGUGACUACAGAAGGCCUUAGCAUUCUGGAUCUGCUCUCCAGUUCCAGUUUCCACCAUCUCAAGUCAGGUGUGACCGUGGUUGGAAGCCGUAAGGAUGUCUGGCGUACAAGCAGUAACAGCCAUUCCAGGAACUUUGAAACAGCUGCAGUUGAGUAUUACCCAGUCAUAGGGCAACGGUCUGGGUCUCGUCUCCACCUGCAGCCUCCUGUUCGGCUAACACAUUUCCCUUAGAGGCCCUAACCAUGUCUAACUUCAACAGCCAGCUUGCAGGAGAUAUUGUCAGGUGGGACAAAUCUAGGUGCUCAGAUUUCCAGUGUCAUCUCUUCAUCACCUGUGAUACAUGCUCCCACAUCCUUCCAGGGUGCCCAAGGAUAUUCCUCGACAGCUGAAUCUCCUCCUCUAUUGACCAGUGUCUUUUCUAGGAUCUCUUUUAAUGCUGCAGCUUCUCAGCGCCCCAAGAAAUGGACAGUGGACUCUUCAGUAGCGUUCAAGAUAGAGCCAACAACAGCAGCAGCCACAUUGUUUUUGAGAAAAUCAAGUACGCUGGCUCUGUCUGCAGCCCUGGUUGCUAAGGGCACCAGCAGCAGUGGAUUAGCCAAGAGUAGUCUGACCACUGUUUUGGCUAAAAAUGUCACACACAAAGUGGCAUCCAGCCCCAAGGUGGUGCCUGGGGCAGUCCAUACAGCCUUCCCGUUGAUACCAACCUACAUGAUGUCAAGAACAGCACACACCAUGAGCACACAGACAGCCAUGCAAGGGAUCCCUGUCACUGCCUCCAGCCUGCUGUCCACAACACACCUUCCCAGGAAAUCACAAGCCAUGCACACUGGUCUCCCAAACUCCGCCAACCCAGAGGUGCCCAGAGCGUCCACCCCACGCCCACUGACAGUCACAGCAGCACUGACCUCAGGCACAGCACCAGUAAAGGCGACUCGGCUGCCACCGUCGCCAGCAGAAAACACAGAUGCUGCUCUUCUUGCAGUGUCGACUGCAAUGGUCACUACCAGCAAGAUGGCAUCCAACCUGGAGUGCCAGAUGUCCAGGAAGCUCCUGGUGAAGAUAGUUCUCUUUGUAAUGCCGAGAAGAGCACAGAGCAGUGAGACCUUGAAGCUCUCCGUGGCCAAGGGGCUCACGCAGGCCUUGCGGAAGGCUUUCCGCCAGAGUGAUGUUGCUGCCCAUGUGGACAUUCUAGAACAUUCUCAUAAUGUCACGAUUGGUUAUUAUGUUACCAAAGGAAGAUUAGUGUACCUGCCUGCCAUAGUGAUGGAGACACUUGGUGUUUAUGGAGUCAGCAAUGUCACAGCAGAUCUGAAACAACACACCCCAAACUUGCAGUCUGUGGCAGUCCUUGCUUCCCCAUGGAAUCCCCAGCCUGCAGGCUACUUCCAGCUGAAAACAGUGCUGCAGUUUGUGAGCCCAUCGGACAACGUCCAGAGCUGCAAGUUUGCUCAGACAAUGGAACAGAGACUGCAGAGGGCGUUCCAGGAUGCUGAGAGGAAAGUCCUGAAUACCAAAAGCAACUUGACCGUCCAGGUCGUGAGCACAUCCAAUGCCUCACAAGCGGUCACCCUGGUUUACGUCGUGGGCAAUCAGAGUGCCUUCCUCAACGGCACUGUGGCCAGCAGUCUCCUUAGCCAGCUCUCCGCUGAGCUGGUGGGGUUCUACCUCACCUACCCACCACUCACCAUUGCAGAACCUCUGGAAUAUCCCAAUCUUGAUAUAUCAGAAACAACUAGAGACUACUGGGUCAUCACAGAUAUGACACAAGGCCGACGCUUUAAACGGGCCACCACCCUGGGAAGCUAUACUGUGCAGAUGGUGAAGAUGCAGCGUGUGCCAGGACCCAAGGACCCAGCGGAGCUGACCUACUACACGUUGUACAACGGGAAGCCUCUGCUGGGCACCGCGGCCGCCAAGAUCCUCAGCACCAUUGACUCCCAAAGGAUGGCCUUGACCCUGCAUCACGUUGUCCUUCUGCAAGCUGACCCCGUGGUGAAGAACCCGCCCAACAACCUGUGGAUCAUCGCUGCGGUGCUGGCGCCCAUCGCUGUGGUCACGGUCAUCAUUAUCAUCAUCACCGCCGUGCUCUGCAGGAAGAACAAGAACGACUUCAAGGCAGACACCAUGAUCAACCUGCCUCAGAGAGCCAAGCCGGUACAGGGCUUUGAUUAUGCCAAGCAGCACCUGGGCCAGCAAGGGGCGGACGAGGAGGUCAUUCCUGUGACGCAGGAGACGGUCGUCCUCCCACUGCCCGUGAGAGAUGCUCCUCAGGAGAGAGACGUCGCUCAGGACGGGAGCACCAUCAAGACGGCCAAGUCCACGGAAACCAGAAAGAGCAGGUCGCCCAGUGAGAAUGGCUCUGUUGCCAGCAACGAAUCAGGGAAGGCCAGCUCAGGGAGACGCUCACCCCAGAAUGUCAUGGCCCAGCAGAAAGUGACAAAGGAGGAGGCGAGGAAGAGAAAUGUGCCAGCCAGCGAUGAAGAAGAGGCAGCGGUUCUUUUCGACAGCUCAGGCAAGGCAGCCGCAGAUCCCUUCGAUACAUCCUCGGGUUCCGUGCAGCUCAUUGCGAUAAAACCCACAGUGCUGCCCGUGGUGCAGCCGCCCGCUGACAGGAGCCAGGAGUCCACGGCCGUCCUCAAUGGGGAGGUGAACAAAGCGCUGAAGCAGAAGUCAGACAUCGAGCACUAUCGGAACAAGCUGCGCCUCAAAGCCAAGAGGAAGGGGUAUUACGACUUCCCCCCAGCAGAGGCAAACCAGGCCCUGACCGAAAGGAAGAAGAUGUACGAGAAAGCCCCAAAGGAAAUCGAGCAGGUUUUGGAAGCAGACCCGGAACUGUGUGUUCCAUUUGUGGAGUCUAAAAACAGGCAACAGAUGAAGAACUCUGUCUACCGAAGCCGGCAAUCUCUGAACAGCCCAAGCCCAGGAGAGACCGAGAUGGACCUUCUGGUGACCCGCGAGCGACCCCGGCGUGGAAUCCGGAACAGCGGCUAUGACACUGAACCAGAAAUCAUAGAAGAGACCAACAUUGACAGAGUUCACGAGCCCCGGGGCUACGCCAGGUCGCGCCAGGUGAAGGGCCACUCAGAGACAUCCACACUGAGUUCACAGCCAUCCAUCGAUGAGGUCAGGCAGCAGAUGCACAUGCUUCUGGAGGAGGCCUUCAGCCUGGCAUCUGCAGGCCACGCAGGCCAGAGCCGGCACCAGGAGGCCUACGGCUCAGCGCAGCACCUCCCCUACUCCGAGGUGGUGACCAGUGCUCCAGGGACCAUGACACGGCCCAGAGCUGGGGUACAGUGGGUGCCAACCUACCGCCCAGAAAUGUACCAAUACAGCCUGCCCCGGCCGGCUUACAGAUUCUCCCAGCUUCCGGAGAUGGUCAUGGGCUCCCCACCUCCACCAGUACCACCCCGAACCGGCCCCGUGGCGGUGGCUUCUCUCCGACGGUCCACCUCAGACAUCGGCAGCAAAAGCAGAAUGACAGAGUCUGCGGGCCCAGAGCAGGCCCAGCUGCACGACAGCGCCUCCUUCACCCAGGUGUCUCGAGGUCCUGUUGCAGUGGCACAGUUGGAUCAGUCACCUCUAAAUUACUCAGGUAACACGGUGCCAGCGGUGUUCGCCAUCCCAGCUGCCAACAGACCUGGGUUCACCGGCUACUUCAUCCCAACGCCUCCCUCAUCCUACAGGAACCAGGCCUGGAUGUCCUACGCGGGAGAGAACGAGCUGCCCAGUCAGUGGGCUGAUUCGGUGCCCCUGCCCGGGUACAUCGAGGCUUACCCCCGGUCGCGGUACCAGCAGGGUUCACCCUCUAGACUGUCUCGCCAGUACAGCCAGCCAACAGGCAUGCACCCCAGCCUGGAGCAGGCCCCGGGUCCCUCCACGGCAGCCUCGCAGCAGAGCCUGGCAGAAAACGACCCCUCCGACACUCCCCUGACCAACAUCUCCACCGCCGCCCUGGUGAAAGCCAUCCGGGAGGAGGUGGCCAAGUUGGCCAAGAAACAGACAGACAUGUUUGAGUUCCAGGUUUAG